AUGAUGAUGGACCUUUUCGAAACUGGCUCCUAUUUCUUCUUCUUAGAUGGAGAAAAUGUGACUCUGCAGCCAUUAGAAGUGGCAGAGGGCUCUCCUUUGUAUCCAGGGAGUGAUGGUACCCUGUCCCCUUGCCAGGACCAAAUGCCCCAGGAAGCCGGGAGCGACAGCAGUGGCGAGGAACAUGUGCUGGCACCUCCGGGCCUGCAACCUCCCCACUGCCCCGGCCAGUGUCUGAUCUGGGCCUGCAAGACUUGCAAGAGAAAAUCUGCCCCCACAGAUCGGCGGAAAGCCGCCACCCUGCGCGAAAGGAGGAGGCUAAAAAAAAUCAACGAGGCCUUUGAAGCCCUGAAGCGCCGGACUGUGGCCAACCCCAACCAGAGGCUGCCCAAGGUGGAGAUUCUGCGGAGCGCCAUCAGCUACAUCGAGCGUCUGCAAGACUUGCUGCACCGGCUGGAUCAGCAAGAGAAAAUGCAGGAGCUGGGCGUGGACCCCUACAGCUACAGACCCAAGCAAGAAAUUCUUGAGGGUGCAGAUUUCCUGCGCACCUGCAGCCCCCAGUGGCCAAGUGUUUCGGAUCAUUCCAGGGGGCUCGUGAUAACUGCUAAGGAAGGAGGAGCAAGCGUGGAUGCCCCAGCCACUAGCAGUCUUCAGUACCUUUCGUCUAUCGUGGACAGUAUUUCCUCGGAAGAACACAAACUCCCCAGCGUGGAGGAGGUGGUGGAGAAGUAA